AUGUCGUCCACGAACGCUGCCGCCUACCUUGGCGGGAGAGGUAUGGCUUGGGCCUCGGGAUCUCUCCUGGCCGCCGCCCGGGCCAGACCCGGCCUGCGCACCCCGGCCAGGCAGAGCGAUGUGCUCGGCAUCUUCGCACCGGCACUGGGCCUGCAGACCGCGUCGGCCACCUACUCGUCCUCGUCGCUCUACUCGGCCCACACGGCGCGGCGCAAGCCGGCCUCGCUCACCUUGACCCACAGGCGGGUGACGCGCUACCACAGCACCGAGACGCAGACACAACGCUCGACAUCGUCGGCCCCGCCGCCCUUUUCCUCGUCGGGCUCGCCGCCGUCGGCUUCACCUUUGCAGCCAAAGAAGGACCCCUCGGACCCGUCCGCAGCCAAGCAGCCGUCUUCGACGACGGCGGCGGCGGCAUCCGAUGCGACGGUCAAGGCGGCACAGCCGGUCUCGGGCAACACGGCCGCCGAGCUGGGGUCGAGCUGCAACCAGGUGGCGGCGUCGCAGAGUGCGCUGGCGGAAAAGCAAAAGGAGCAGGCCGAGCUCGAGGCGCACAAGCCGCAGCAGUCCAAGGUCAAGCGGGUGUGGGCCAAGGUCAAGGAGGAGGCGCUCCACUACUGGCACGGCAGCAAGCUGCUCGCAAAGGAGGUCCGCAUCUCGAGCCGCCUGCUGCGACGCCUGAUGCUCGGAUACAGCCUCACGCGCAGGGAGCACCGCCAGCUCAAGCGCACCAUGGCCGACCUGCUGCGCCUGAUCCCGUUCAUCCCCUUUGUCGUCAUCCCCGCCGGAGAGCUGCUGCUGCCCGUCGCCAUCAAGAUCUUUCCCAACAUGCUGCCCAGCACCUUUGAGAGCAAGUUUGCCGCAGAGGAGAAGCGGCGCGGCCUGAUCAAGGUGCGGCUCCAGAUGGCCAAGUUCCUCCAGGAGACGAUCCGCGAGGGCGGCCUGCAGGCCACGGACAAGGUGCAGACAUCCGAGGAGUUCAAGGAGUUCUUCCGCAAGGUGCGCUCCACGGGCGAGUCGCCGUCGGACGAGGACAUCAUCAAGGUGGCCAAGCUGUUCGAGGACGACCUCACCCUCGACAACCUCAGCCGGCCGCAGCUGGUCAGCAUGUGCCGCUACAUGCAGAUCAACGCCUUUGGCACCGACAACUACCUCCGCUACCAGAUUCGGCACAAGCUGACCCGCAUCCGCCAGGACGACCUCGUGAUCGCGUCCGAGGGCGUGUCGUCGAUGUCGCAGCACGAGCUCAUCAGCGCCUGCCAGAACCGCGGCAUCCAGACCACCAACCUGUCCGAGGACCGGCUGCGCCAGGAGCUGGGCCAGUGGAUCGACCUCCACCUUCACCAGAAGAUCAGCGGCAUCCUGCUCAUCCUCAGCAAGGCGUUCAACUACGUCGCCCAGGGCUCCAACGACGGCGCCGCGUCGCACCUCAAGUCGCUCGAGCUGACGCUCAGCAGCCUGCCGGACAACCUGCUCAACGAGGCCGAGCUCAACGUCAACAAGGAGGGCGCCACCAACAAGCAGAGGCUCGAGGUGCUCCAGCAGCAGGAGGAGCUCAUCGAGGACGAGGCCGAGCAGGAGCAGGAGGAGGCAGCGGCCAGGGAGGCGGACAGGGAGAAGAAGAACGCCGAAAAGGCGCGCCUGGCGCGCGAGGAGCAGGAGGCGCGCGCGCUCCUGCCCGAGGCCGAGACGAGCAAGGAGGCCGCCGAGGACGCCAGGAUGACCAACGAGCAGCUCAUGGAGCUCGGCGAGGCGCUCAGCAUCCUCAGCGCCAAGUCGAGCGUGCUCAAGGAGCGCGAGGAGCUGGCGCGCCUCAUCGAAGAGGUCAACAGCGGCGAGCAGCAGCACGAGGCUGCCGACAGCGCCAGCGCCAGCGACAAGGACAGCGCGGCCGCGUCCGCGGCGUCCGCGGCGUCCGCGGCGUCGGCUUCGUCGUCCGGCUCCUCGGCCGAGGCCAGCAGCUCCAGCUCCAGCUCGACGUCGUCGUCGACCCGCUCGAUGUCGAAGCGCAUCAAGUCGAUGCUGGAAAAGAUCGACAACCAGCUCGAGGAGUACGAUCGAGACGUCGGCAGCCGGAUGCACAUCAUCGAGGCGUCUCCGACGGGCAAGAUCAGCGUCGACGACCUGGAGCAGGCGCUGCGCCUGAUCAAGCACAAGCCCGACGACGAGGUGCUCGAGAAGCUGGUCGACAAGCUCGACGUCGACCACGACGGCCUCGUCCCGCUCGACGACGUCCUCGAGCUGGCGCGCGCCGAGACCGGGCUGGGCAUCCUCCGCGACGAGACGGUCAAGGACAUCCACCAGCAGGGCAAGGAGCUGCGCGUCAAGGGCAUCAGCAGCAGCCCCAAGCCCAAGAAGAGCGACAUCGUCGAAGAGUAG